AUGGCGACCAUUCAAAACCCCAAAUCUGCGACUACCGUCUUUCUAGACCAGCCUCCCAGCUGUCUCGAGUUUUGUCCAGAGGCUCCGGACUACUUCAUUGUGGGAACAUACCUUCUGUCAGAAAGCAAAACCGACCAAGGAGAAAUCGAACAGAAAAAGACCGGUAGCCUGCAACUAUGGAAGCUAGAUCCCGUCAGCAAAGCACUUUCCCAAAUACAAAGAAUCGAUCUGCCAUACGCGGUCUUCGAUCUUCACUUCCACCCAAGGCAAAAGGACCUGUUCGCCAUUGCCAGUAGCGUGGGCACAGUCGCCCUCUUCCAAGUAAACCCUUCAGACCCAGCUUCAAACCCAAUCACCCAACUAUGGUCCAAGCAAGUCCACGAAGACCCCUCAAUCCCAACCCUCUUCCUGGCCUGGGCACCACAGAACUGGUUCCCCCGGCCAGCAGACGGCUUCGCAGUGACUUUCUCCGAUAGCCGGACCGCCGUCUUCGGAACGCAAGGCGAUAUCCGCGACGAAGUGGCUGAAUGGGGCACCUUCGAAGCCAAGCAGAUGAUAGAGGUCUGGUUUGUCGCACUGGCUUCAAUGACAAGUCCAGUCGACGAUCACAAGACUCAAAUACCGUUCAUGUUCACGGGUAAUGAUUUCGGGUCUUUGCAUACGCGUCGAUUGGAUGGUUCUGCCGAAAUCGAUGAUGAUGAGCAUGUCUCGCCGAUGCUGUUGGAGCAUGAUGAUCGUGCUCGCCAUCAUACUGCUGGCGUGACGGCUAUACUGCCUUUGCCUGUUCCUAUGGUGGACGAUGCUCCUAUUCUUCUGACGGGGAGUUAUGACGAGGGUCUCCGUGUGUACCAUGCGACGCGGAGAGGCGAGGUACUCGCUGAGCAGGGCUUGGACGGUGGUGUUUGGCGGUUACAGCCUUUGGAAACAAAGGUGAUGAUGGCUAUGGAUGCGGGAAAUGCUUCAGUAACCCAGUUCUUGGUUCUGGCGAGCUGUAUGCAUGCUGGAACUAGGGUUGUGCAGGUCAGUCUGAAGGAGAGUGGUGGGUCGUCCGAGUGGGAGAUUGAAGUUCUGGCGAAGUUUACGGAGCAUGAGAGUAUGAAUUAUGCUAGUGGUGUUUGGGAUUCCGGGGCGCAGCGGAAGUCAAAGUCUGAGUUCCUGGUUGUGUCGAGUAGCUUCUAUGAUCGGAGGCUCUGUGUUUGGACGGCAAAUGUAUGA